AUGUCAGACGUGAUUGAGACACCCGAUCUGUCUGCUCAACUCGCUGCUCUUACUGCCCAGAUGAAUGAAGAACGCGAGAAAAUGAGGAGGCUCGAAGCUGAGAAUGCUGACCUGCUCGUACGAAUGGAGGCCAUGUCCUCUCAAGCCACCGAGGCUCAGCCAUCCCGCUUCCGAGGCCCAGUCAGCCCUAUGCAACCUCUGGGAGACCUCACUCCUAUCUCUAACAGUGAUGGACCGAAUCAGACAGUUCCAUCACCCUCGGUAAGGAAUUAUCAAACUCCACCCACCAUGUCUAACAUUCAAAAUUAUGUUGUCAAUACAGGCGAACAGCAACAGAUUCCAGGAGCCAGUCAGCCAGCCACUGGACCCGGACAGCAACAGAUUCCAGGAGCCAGUCAGCCAGCCAUUGGACCCGGACAGCAGCAAGUUCCAAGUGCUAGUCAGCCUACCAUUGGAGCCAGCCAGACCAUCAUUGGAGCUGGUCAGAAUAUACCUGAGCAACAGGCAAUCGGAUUUAAUCACCCAGUCAUGAGCGAGCCAAUCCGCCAAGCAACCACAAGCUCAUUUCCAAUCCAAGAUCCUGAGUUGGCUCGAAAGUUAGCUGAGAUGGAGGCGCUCAUUCAACGGAUUCCUGGGAUGCCGGCUCCGAUUAAGAAGAGUGCAGCAAGCUGUUAUCCGGACUCUCCAUUCGUAGACGACAUUGCACUAGUGGAAAUGCCAAAGAAGUUCAACUUCCCAAAUAUGAAGAUGUUUGACGGGACGUCUGACCCGGAUGAUCACAUCGCACAGUAUAGGCAGAGGAUGUUCACCGUUGCCAUCCCACGUGAUAUGAGGGAAUUUGCUAGUAGCAGGAAACUUGAAAAGUCUGCAGAAGACCUCUACAUCAUAGUUCAACGACGGGGUGAGCCUUUACGAGAGUACGUAGGCCGCUUCAACAAAGAAAAGGUUUCUAUAACCCAUUGUAAUCAGGACACAGCCAUCUCAGCCUUCCGCAAGGGACUCCGGUACGACUCAGACCUAUACAAAGAACUUACCAAGUAUCCUUGCAAGACGAUGGAAGACGUUCUCGCCAAAGCCUGGGCACAGAUCAAGUGGGAGGAGGAUGAAGUUAACUAUUAUCACUCUUCUCCGAGGAAAGACACUCGAAGAGACUCGAGGGCAGGCAGACGGCAGAGUGAUAGACGAUCCGAGCCAUACCCGUAUCCCAACAGAUCAGAGAACAGAAGGAGGGAGUACAACCGGUCGUCCGAGACACGUCUGCGAGAUGGACCAAAGAUACCAGAAUACAAUCUUUCAAUUUCACCAGCUGAAGUCGUUGGCGUACUGAAAGGACUCGGAGACAAAGUGAAAUGGCCGGAAAGGAUGAGGACUCCGUCUGACCAGCGAGACAAAGCAAAAUGGUGUGAAUUCCACAAUGACCACAGUCACCGAACGGAUGAGUGCAUUGCCUUAAAACUCGAAGUAUCCAACCUGUUAAAGCGUGGUCACCUGACUGACUUACUUACAGACAAAGGCAAAAGAACAUUCCAGCAGGAGGCAGACAGGUCAGUCGUCCGAAGAGAAGUAACCCCGCCGAAACCACCUACUCAUGAACGGACGGUGAACGUAAUAACUGGUGGCUCUGAGGUAAGCGGAGUCACCCAUUCAGCAGCCAAAAGACAUGCCAGGCAGACCAACUGGGUCAAAGGAGAGUCCGGCGAGACAGAGAAGAAUACCAUCAACCUACCAGCUCAAACCAUCAGUUUCUCAACAACAGAGUCAACCAGACUCCUCAACCCACAUCAUGAUGCUCUUGUCAUUGCACUUUACAUUGCUAAUUGUCUUACUAAACGUAUACUUAUUGAUAAUGGUAGUUCAGCUAACAUUUUAUUUUUAAGUGCUCUCAGGGAAAUGGGGAUAGAUGAAUCAAAGAUUAUAAAGAAGACUACAAUCCUCAUCGGUUUCAGUGGAGAACAAAAGAACACACUAGGAGAGAUCGAGCUACCUGUCUAUGCCGAAGGAGUCAAUCUAUGCACAAGAUUCCUGGUAGUAGACUCUCCGUCUGCUUACAACGUGAUACUGGGACGACCAUGGAUACAUGAAAUGGAGGCAGUCCCUUCGACAUACCACCAAGUUCUAAGGUUCCCAACUAAGUGGGGAGUAAAAGAAAUUAAAGGCCAACAGAAAGAUUCGAGAGCGUGUUACCAGACUACCAUGAAGGCCAAACCCGCUCAGUUAUAG